AUGUGUGAGCCCUCUUCAGAAAGCAAGAAGAAUCGCCACACGCUAAAGGUUGGUCUACUUUGGAUGAUAUUUUCAAUCUACUAACUGCACGAGAUGUCCUUUCCUCAACCUAGGAUCAUCUUUCAAAGACAGCCAUAACUACUUUAUUCAUUUACAGACACGGUGACGUUAAUUUCCUUUGAAUUGAAUCGAACUAAACGAUUAAAAUUAGUUUUAACAUGGUAGAAUAUAUAAUUAACUUAUAGAUGAAGCAACGGUCACAGUCCGACUCAGGUCCGGCUGUGUUGAUAUGAGAAUCGGGUUGCCAAGUAAUUUACUGCCGAUUGCGAAUGAACAAAUAUGAUCCAUGGCUUUAUCUAUCGACAGCUUCCGUAUUUGAGGGCAGAAUGAUAUAUAAUUUUAUUGGAAAACAUCUUAGUUUAAUGGACUCAGAGAUCAGUCAUACUCAUAUGACGAAGAUUAAUAAAAAUUUAAUAAUCCCCCAAAUAAUUUAAGCUUACAUAUGUAAUAAACAUGAUGAUAACAUUCAUGUAAAUUUAUAGUUUUUGGCCCGCUACAAAACUAUAGCUGUAAUAACAUUAUUAUUGCAACUGGAAAGGUUACAUGUACAAAAAAGCCCUAGGAUAGAUAAUACCUAAAAUCCUAAUAACCAGUAAUCCUACCUACAAUAAUAAUUAACAAUUACCGGUAAUGAUGAGGCUGAGUAUCUUAUGAAGAAUUAUGGAGAUCAAGGAGGGUGUUAUCGGCCGAGGCAGAUAACACCCUCCUAGAUCUCCAUAAUUCUUCAUAUGAUAUGAAAGCCGAAUGCAAUAAUUGUUUUAUUAUUCAUUCAAAAUAUUUCCUAGUUUAAAUAAUUAUGGAGAUCAAGGAGGGUGUUAUCGGCCGAGGCGGAUAACACCCUCCUAGAUCUCCAUAAUUCUUCAUAUGAUAUGAAAGCCGAAUGCAAUAAUUGUUUUAUUAUUCAUUCAAAAUAUUUCCUAGUUUAAAAACAUGGCUAAAACAUGCUUACCUCCAUCGAUCCAUCGAUGUUAAGUUAAUCUUUGAUAGUGCACAUUUAGGUUUGUCCAGCUCCGCAAAUAUUCUCCGAAUAGCAUAUGUCGCCCGUCAAGUUGUCUUCUUGCUGUUCUUGCCAUGUUUUUAGCUAUUAUUUCGCCUAGUUCUUACUCUUAAAAGGAGUGAAAUGUCUGCCAUUUUUCAAGUUCACAACCAAAACAACUCAACCUCGUCCCCAGGUCUUCUCGGUUAAGGAUGGUGUGUGGUUUUGACGUCAUUUCCUCGUUAAACACAAAAUCUUCCAAAUUUGUGGUCAUCAGUAACUGGUUAUGGUGAAUUAAAUGUGUGCUUUUAGCCAAUCAGAAUUGGUAAAAUAUUUUGAAUGAAUAAUAAUAAGUAUUGUUUUUGUCCUUACUAAUGGAAUAUAUAAUUUUCUGCUUUAUAGCCAACUGGUAUACAUGAUUUCGAUAUCAUCAAGCCAAUUAGUAGAGGUGCAUUUGGGUAAGUUGCUUUAUUGCAUCUGAUUGAUAAUCCAUAAUAAUUAGAAAUCAUAUGAUAAAAAAAUAAUUGGUUUAACAAGAAGCAAUCAAUGUUGCCAAAAUAACUUACACUGAAUUGCUAAUUUAAGGCUACCUUUAUUUGGAAACAUCAUGCAGAACCUUAAAAGUUUCUCACAUGCUUGUGAAUGAUAAUGUGCGUGUGCUUAUCCUUCUAUACAAAAUUUUUUCCUGGAAAAUUGCAUACAAUGUAAUUUACAAUUAUAAAAUGUGACCUCUUAAUAGUUAUGCAUAAUUUCCAAUAUUUUUCACCACGUAUCGGAAUGCCUGUGAUAUUGCUGGAGCCAAAAAAUAUUUCAAAAGGAAGUAGCAACCACUCCUAGUUAUAGGCUUCUGUACCUCCAAAUGUUAAAUUAAUAUUAUUUAAGAAGUUUGCAAUGUAUUUUAAUACAUGUAUCUCAUUUCUCUUUAUUUCAAACAUCUAUUAGACAGGUUUUCCUUGCUCAUAGGAGAGAUAAAGAUAAACAAUUUUAUGCCAUAAAAGUUGUGAAGAAGACUGAUGUUGUCAACAAAAACAUGAUUGAACAAGGUUUGUAUGUCUAUUUCUUUUUCUUUUUUUUUUUUAAAUUGAAUUCUUAACUGUAAAUUGACUCUUUUUUUAAUCUCCCAUAAUGCACUUUGUCUGCCCCCAACUCCCCCCAAAUUUUAUGCAUAAGUCAUGUUUUCAAAUGCUAUUCAUUUGGGAAUAUGCAAUCCUCCCAGGAGCAUUUGAAAACUAAAGCAACAUGUAAUAUAGUUGUGAAUGUAAUGGCAGGUUACGUCAACAGAGAACCUAUUUCAAAUUAAUGUCCCUGUUAUUCUCAGACAAAAUUCCCUGCUGGCCAGCAAAUUUGUCUCAAUAUUAACUUUCCCCAAAUUUCAUUUAGUUACAUACAUGCCCUCUGACAGAAUAAUGUGCUUACUGGUUGUGAACAGUACAAUGUAAAGUGACUCUCUUCGUGUGAAUGUUGAUAUGUUAUUGCAAUGUAAUUUGUAAUAUUGUAAAAAAAAAUUGAGAAUUAUGCUUUGAAUGGUUUCAAACAUUGCAGGGUGGUUGGUGAUGUCUUACUAUUAGACAGUGGUCUUACAUACUUACUUACUUACUUUAUAAGAAUUACACACCCCAUGAUGUACAUUGUAGCACAUUGCACUUCAACAGUUUCCUUAUUUCCUUGUUUGGCAGAGGGGUGGGUGCAGAGUAAAAGUGCUUAAAUUCAAUUCCAAACACUCUUAGUACAUUUGCAGAUACUCAGAGUAUCUGUGAGCACUGCGCUAAUCAAGGGUGUCAGGGUUGUAAUGUAACUACAGUAUGAGUGAGUAUUCAUAAUUGUGCUUCUAUUUAAGAUUUCCCCCUCAAUACUGGCAUGCUAAUCAAUUAUUGCGUUGUUUCUCAUUGUAGAGAAAAGUAUGUUGUUUCCAAUACUAUGGUAAAUAACUAUAUAUGAGAAUUAGGAUCCUGUCCUUACUUCACGUUUACCUGUAUUUUCACAUCAAAAAGUAUCGAACACAGUAAGACUAAAAGAGAAUACAGCACCACUAACCCUCAUCUAUUAGUAUUAAGACAACACACUCGACAUGCAAAACAUUCAUUCAGGCAUGCAUGUUAUAACUGAAUGUUAUUUCCUACGUUUUUUUUUUCAGUUGUAGCUGAAAGGGAUGCUUUAGCAAUCUCAAAAAGUCCAUAUAUUGUCAACUUGUUUUACUCAUUUCAGUCAAAGGACAGAAUAUUCCUGGUUAGUUCAAUUACCUGUAUAAAUUUAUGUUUCUAAUUUUUUUUUCUUAUCCUGUAGAAUACAUGUACCUGUACAGUCAAGUGGUAAUAAGUGUGUGUUUGAUUAUCAAUGCUCUUUACGAAAAAACUUGUACUUUUACACCAGACCCAAGUGUGCAGUAAAAUCAAGCAGAGACUGGAAGUAGUGUUGUUUUCCCCUUCAGUUUUCUUCCUGGGGUUAGGCUGAUAUUCAGAUAACAGGGAUGUAGCUACGUCAAAGCUUUUUUACUCAACUGUACCCUCAAAAUUGCCCCAUAUUUUUUGUUUUAAAGUGUAAUUUUUGCUGGUGGUAAGGUCUCUUUCAGCUAGUGAAAUUAGCAGGCUGUUGCUCAUAGUGAAAUUCCUCGGAGCAUCUGCAAAAAAAUGAAAUUAAUUUUAUCAUCAGACACUCAGAUAGAAUAAUCCCUUCCAGUAUAUAAUAAUUUAUUAUAUUACCACUCAUUAUCACGAAAGGCUUCAGUUCCUCAGUUGUUCGACAUAUAGUUACUAAAUGAUGCUCUAUAAUUUUUAAUUUAGGUAAUGGAAUACUUAAUUGGUGGGGACUGCAAAUCUUUGCUGCAUAACCUGGGAUACUUUGAUGAGGAUAUGUCAAGAAUUUAUAUAGCGCAGGUACACAUGACAGUAUUACAAUGUACGUUGUGGCUCAAUUUUAUCCUUGGUUUAAAUUUCUUUUUUUUUUCAAUAUCUCAGCAAAAUACAUUUACAUUACCAUUACCCCAAGACAAAGGAAAAUAAAAUUUAAACCAAGUCUAAUAAAAUGGAACUACAUGUACAUUCAUAAUACAGGAUGUGUUCCUUUGGGAUAAUCCAGAUCAGGAUCAAGAUCACUUGGAUCACAGUGCAUCAAACGAACCACAAAAUCCAAGUUGAACAAGGAUUUUGCGGUAAUUUGAAUGUACAUGUACCAUCUUGGUAAUCUUGGAUAACAAAUCCUGAUUGAGACCUGGCCAUCCCAAAUGGUGUGCACCCAUACUGACCAUACAAUUACACUUCUUGGUAUAUUGCUGCAAUAGGAAGGAGAUUUGCGUUUGACUUUUUAACUAAGUCAUUUGUUUUAUAAUAAACAUCAGUAAGUAUGUGCACAUGUUUUUCAGUAAUGCCAGUUCUUGGUAUAGUUGUGCCAAGUAUUAUAUGGCCACACCGUUCCUUAUGGUUAAAGAGAGAUAAAGUAGAGAGUCUGUAUUCAAGUUUCUUGGGUUACAAAACAAUGCUAUAUGGCAGAAACCUAACAAAAUUUAUGUACUUUACAGCUCAUUAAUAAUUUUAUUUCAUUUUGUAACAUAGUUUUACUGCUUUUGGCCAUAACUUCAUGUAAUUCUUUUAAUUGUUUUCACUAUAAGUUGUUCUAUAAUAAUUAUUCUAGAUUGUUAUCCCUGAUAGUUAGUUGCUUUCCUAUUUUAGGUUGUUUUAGCUUUGGAAUACCUUCAUAAACAUGGCAUUAUUCACAGGUAGGAAGGUUCCCUAGGAGGCCUCAUGAAAAUGCAUACACAAAUAUGCUGUUGCGGGUGGUUUAACAUUGUAUUCAAUCAUGUAGUUUGUUAUGCUGUAGACGAAACUUCUAUCUGGAACCGUUUUCAUCUACAUUGUGAGUGAAUUAAGGUUAAAAUGGAAUCUCCGUUCCGUUUAGGAGUCCAUUCGAAGUAAAAGAUAUGAAAAGGAAAACUAAGCAUCACUUCAAAGUCAAAAAUACCAUUUUCAGGUCUGCAGUAGGUUUUGCUGACUAGUUCCCUCUUGUAUGGCGUAUUAUACUUUUACACGAUUAGAUACAUUUGUACACAGUAACAUGUAUGUAGGUUUUAUGGUGCGCAAUAUAGAGCGGUUUUCACUUGACUGUCGUAGAACCAAAACCAAAGUAAAUACACUAGCCAACCAAAGGGCGUAGUAAAACCAAAACCAAACCAAUUCCUCAAUUACUUUCGACAGUCAAGUGAAAACCGCUCUAAAUUAUGAAACAUAAUUCAGUUUCCAAUCCUAACUACAAUGAAUAGGGAUCUCAAGCCAGACAAUCUUCUAAUAUCCAAUGAAGGAAAGAUCAAGUUAACGGACUUCGGACUGUCAAGAUUAACUCUUGAAAGAAGUAAGCAACCUUGAUUGUUGAUAAAAUAUCCCAUUAGAUUUUAUGUACCACACAACCCUCAGGACUUGCGAAUUCUUCAAAGUACCAGUCGAUAACAGAUAGAAAUCUCGAUGUAUCCAUUCUUUACCUGCAUUGCGUGCUUACAGAAAAGUCUGGAUAAUAAAUUUGGAAAAAUGACAACAUUUUUGUUGUUUUUUCAUAUUCUCUCUUUUUUUUUCAUAUAAGAACCUUUUUAAUAAGAAAAUUCAGCCUGAAAUUUGCCAAACAUUAAGAACAUGCUAAGAACCACCCGAGGCUAAGAGAAGAACAAUUUAUUUUUCACUGCUUUUACUUUCCUAAAUCCAGAAAAUCUGAAUUACAUAAUGUCCUACAUGGAAUCAGAGUCAAUGCAAAAUUCUGUUCUUUCAACACAUUCCUAUUGUGUACGGUCUAUAAUACAUUUACAUUGUCCUUGUACCAUACAUUAAAGUGAAUACUAUAAUCAUUGUCUUAUCUUGUCAAUAUCUAGCUUAAAAGGUGUCAGAUUUCCGUUUAUUGAAGCUUAAGAACAUCCGUAAGAACAUUUCCAGACUAAAACUGACCAGAAAAUAAGAACGGUCCAGGCUCAACUCGAAAAAUUGACAUUCUUAUAAAAAAGAGUGUAGCUCAACUGUCAUCUUCAGUAUGAAAUCAUGAAGUACUGGGCCGAGUUAAAUUUAGCACGCAAAAAAUGAAUGGCUAAUGAGCAAAAACUGCUUAUUUUUUGGAUGGCACUUUUUCAGAACCGAGCUUCAUUGAUGUUAUGAGCACACCUUCUGUGAACAAAACUGACAAAGCUGGAUCAAGUUUUUUCAGGACUCCAGGCCAAGUGAUGUCAUUGACUUCGAAUUUCACUUUUGUAAGUAAAAUUACACAACUUUUGCAUGUAGCGCGCAUCAACAAUCAUACAGGGAAGUCUUUAGAAAAACUCUCAUAACUUAAGGGUCCUUAAGUCUUAAAGUGCGUUCCUUUGGGAUGAUCAGGAUCAGGGAUCAGGGAUCCGUGAUCACUCAGAUCAUGUUGCGUCAAAUGAAUCGAUGAAGCCGUGUCCUGUCAGUGGAUUCAUCGGGUCAUUUAACGUAACAUGAUCCGAGUGAUCACCGAUCACUGAUCCUGAUAGGAACACACCCUUAGAUAAUCACUUGUUUCCCAUCAUAACUGCAAGAUUGACCGCGAGUACGACUUUGCCAAUGAACUACAUUAUAUUCAUUAUCAACGACAUUUCAUAGUUCCUCAGAGCGAAUUGAAGGACUAUGCGCAGCAAUAGGAUGAGCGUUUGAAUAUAAUUAGGAUGGCUAAGGUACCGUAAAAUUCCGAAAAUAGGCCCCUCCAUGUAUAAGCCCCUCCAAAUAUAAGCCCCCCCAAACUCGUAACGCAAAAAACCCUCCGUUAAAUCGCCCCUCCGAAUAUAACCCCCCCCCCCCCCCGGGGGGCCUUGUCCUUGGAAUUUACCCUUAAAAACAAACAAAAAAAAACAAAAACAGGAAAAUUUUUUUCAACUAAUAAGCCUACCCCAACCGAUUUUAAAACCCAAAUUUCCCCCCGUGCCAACCCCCCCCCGAAAAUAACCCCCCCCAAAAAACCCCCCUCAAACAGGGCCUUUUAAAAAAAUAAACCUCCCCCCCCCGGGGGCUUGUACUUGGAACUUACCCUUAAAUACAAAGCAAAAAAAAGCAAAAACGGUAAAUUUCUUUCCAACUAUAGGGCUAGCCCAAUCGAUUUUGAAACGCAAAUUUCCCUCCGUAGCUAAGCCCCUCCGAAUAUAACCCCUCCAAAAAUAAGCCCCUCAAAAAGGGCCUUUGAAAAAUAUAAGCCCCGGGGCUUAUUUUCGGAAUUUUACGGUACUAUAUCUAUUUAGGCCCCCGUCCACACGAAUUCUGAUCUUUUUUAAAACGCAUUUUUUUACACUAUCAGCCUAUCAUCCAAACGAAAACAGUGAAUCCGCUCCUUCAUCCGCGGUCUAUUCUUGUGAAAAUAAAAUGAGGUUUCAAAAAUAUCUGGAUUGGUGUGAACGGGCCCGGCCUUAGUUGAUGGAACCAACUAUCAACGAGUUUUUCAGUCCCCCACCGUCGUAACAUCAUUGCUUCUGUAGAAACUAAUCCAUUGACCCUCGCAAGCCGCAAAUGCUUACCAGCCAUGGCGAUUGUAUAUCUGAAGACUUCUUAUCAUCGGUAGGAUAACGCUCAGCGCAUUGGUGUAUCAUAAAGUCGUGCUUAAUAUUAGCAAUGAAAUGAUUCAAAGAACAAAUUUCUCUUAAUGCGAUCACCAGUUUGUUUGAUCCACAGUCCCUGUCUUCUGUGAAGCCUGCCUAUAGAUCUAGACUUAACAGCAGCUGUGGAGAAUUACAGCACCACUUGGAAAACACGCCUGCAGUGCCAUGUGAAUCUUAUGUUAGUGACACCGAAAGAAUCCCUGGUGCCACUCCCAAAACUGCUAUGAAGCCUUGUGAUCAAACGCCUCUCGCUCCAUUGGCUGGUGAGCUUUUCAAAAAAUACUUAUUUGGACAGACUAUAUGUGGCAUGUAUUUAAUAGUACAGCUUGUUUAUUAGCAAGAUUCACAUUUUCAGACUCCCACAUUUACAUAUAAUAUUAGUUGAACGCACUUCAUUUCCAUGGACCGUGCUUUCAUGGCACACUUCCAGUCCCUAACACCACUGAACUCGAAUGUAUUCACAGUUUGUUUUCCUCUCAAGAGGAACACAUUCAAGGGCACGUCUGUUGUCCUCUCAUCCACCGACCACGACUCUUCAUUCAUUCAUUCGUUCGUUCGUUCGUUCGUUCGUUCGUUCGUUCGUUCGUUCGUUCGUUCGUUCGUUCAUUCAUUCAUUCAUAAUAAUAUGUAGAUGUAUUACGCUCUUUCUAAUUUGGAUAGGGUAACUAACUGAACAGGCGUUGUUUUGCAGGUCAAGGCACGAAGAAAAGAACCCACUUUUGUCCGAAAAUCAGCCAAAGAACAUUUAACGUCGACGACCCUCCAGAAACGCCUCUUCUUUCAGAUAGAGCGGGUCACAAAAAUGUUAGAAACAGAUCCCCAGAGGAAGAUCAUGUGCUGCCAGCUAGUAAGAGACUUCGCCAUUCUGGCCUUACCGCUGAGAUCGAUGCUCUGUCCUUAAAAGAAAUCGGAAGGAAAACUGCUAGAGAUCCUCUGCUGGAAGUUUGUGUCUCAACGUCUCAAAUGCCUGGUGAAAAGAGCGCAAGCGCAGACUUGGUAACCUCACCUUUCAAUGCUCAAAUUUAUCCAAUGGAACACCGAUAUGGAAGUCCUGUCACAGAGAGCGACAAGGCGAGCCCACAGGCCGCUCAUAAAUUUCUUACACCCUCAAGCCCACCUUUCUCUACAGCUGGUAAUAUCAAGUUUUUCAGUCCACGUGAAAGAUCAGGAACAAUUACAGAGUUUUUAAAGGAGAAAGGACAAGUCACACCAGGGAGCGACGACUGCUCUAAAGGAGAGCAAGUGAUGAGCACCUUGACACCUGUAACGUCUGUGGCCCCAAGAAUCGUGUCCCCCGAGGUGCAGUUUUCUUCGGGUUAUGUUAGCGGAACAAACAGUGAAACAGGAAGCGACUUUGACCAUGAAUCUCCUGUGUUUGAGAAAGUUCCAGAUGGCGAUUGUAACAAAUUUGAAGGAAAUCCAAUUUGUGCGAGGUUGUUUCAAGGCCGUAAAUUAGCAGUUGAUAAUCUUAACACGAGCACUGGUACCACUCAGGAUACGAGUGGAAGUUCAGGCUUUAUCGAAAGUCCAGCCAGCAGGUCCGCUCUGACCUGUUCAAAGAACAAUCAGUAUCCAGCUUUUAAUUGCACUCCGUGUUCAUCUAAAAUCAAAGUUUCUGAUCAGAUAAUGCAUACAGCCAAGGAAAAAAGAAAUAACUAUUUGGAAAGGCGUGAAAGUGGAGUUUCUUUUCUACCACCUUCACCCAUGAUCGGGGCCACACCUGAGCCAUGUCAUUUUGGUCUACGAGAAAGGAGCAUAACGAUCGAAGUUGAAGACCAGGAGAAUAUCAGUGAAUUGCAUGUUGGCUCAAGAGGAAAUGUCAAUUCUGAUGAAGAGGUUUUUAUUAAGUCUACUGAACCUUACAAGACUGUCGAUGGAAAUUCAAGCGUCGAAUCUUCUCUUACUCGCCCUCGAUGUCUUACUAUUCCCUUUGAGAACGACAGUGACAAAGAAAAUACCUUUGAGGAAACAUACUCAAAGUCAACACAACACACUGGUAUGGAAAUCAAUUCACCCCUUAUGGCGGAAUCCCCAAUGGAUGUCACAUUCAAGAGUCAGGCAAGCUCUAAGGGCACUCCGGGUAUAAUGGAGGUGUCUCAACAGUGGCAUCAUACCUCGGCCCCUAUUAUGCGUACUCCUUUUCGGACCCCGAAGUCUUGUCGCCGAGGCAACCGACCGCAUGCAUCACCACCUAAGAACAGGAUACUUGGAACUCCAGACUAUUUGGCUCCAGAAAUUUUGCUAGGGCACGAUCAUAGUAAGUGUGUCUCUAAAGCUACGUGCAAACGGACGCAAAAACUCCCAACAAUGUUGGGACCUGCAGUGCACCGUGGGAAGGAUAAAACCCAUAAGCCUUUGUAAACAAUGUGUAAGGCACGUGUUCGGCUCCAACAGUGUUAGAAGAGCUGUGCAAACGGAUCCAACAUUGUUGUGCUACGCUUUGGCGAUCACGGGACAACAGAAAUGUUGGGGGUUGUUGACUCAAAAGUUUGGCCGGUUUCAAACUUUACGCAACAACUCCCAACAACAUGCGACAGGGUGUGCAAACGGACGAAACAUGUAACACCCAACGAUGUUGGGAGUUGUUGGCCAACAAUUUUGCGUCCAUUUGCACGCGGCUUAAGAGAUCAAUGCAUUUUGAUAAUGCAUUAAGGAAGAGUCUUGACUCUAACUUUUGUCACAAAGCCUUUGGAGAAGAGUUGUAAAGGACUCUGUUUAAAUAAAAAUAACAGAUAAUCAUCCCUUUCCUUUUCCCCAAACUGACAACAUUGAGUAUCAGCUGACAGAGUAUUUGGCUAGAGUACGGCAAUUGAGGCUCUCAUGCAAGGAGUUAACUGCUCUUUUUCUGCAGACUGAAUAAUAAAAUGGCUUGGUAAAAGUUCUUCCUUCUUGACCCUAUUCAUUUAGGAUAGUAAUGGUAGAAAGAAACAUUCAAGAAAACACUAGAAAAUAUUUCAAUUUGACUGGAUGUAUGAAAAUAUUUAUUCUCUUCUAAUAGCAUUAAGGUCAGCAAGAGUUCCUCGAUGCUCACUGCUUCUUAGAAACGCUGUGGAUACUCUAGCUGUUUCACCUUUUCGAACAAAUUCUAGCAUUUAUACUGCAGCUUCAGCUACAUUUGCGUUAUGUGUAGGAGCCAGAGAACGACUCGAUGUAAUAUUCUAAUUACUACUAAUUAUUAAGAGUGGUGAGGAAUUACAUGUAAAACUAAACAACUUUUAAAGGGAGGAUAGUAUUCAUCGCCUAUCUUUCGAAACAAUGAGAAACAUAGUUUAAUUCACUAGAGAAAUGUCUCUGAGCAUGGGUUUUAUUUUUGCCUUUAGCUCCUGCAGUGGACUGGUGGUCACUAGGCGUUUGUUUGUAUGAAUUCCUAACUGGAGUUCCACCAUUUAAUGACGACACCCCAGAACUGGUCUUCAGCCACAUCAUGCAAAGAGGUACGUUGCUAAAUCCUUUUCUAGGCAAAGACUUGUCUCAAGAAUAUUCACUAAUGAGUUAUCGAAUAUUUAAGACUGAUACAUCAUUUUCUAGAGCUACUUUGGCCUGAAGGAGACGAAGCACUGUCUGAAACAGCCGUUGGGGCCGUUGAGAAAAUUCUAACCCUUAAGGCAGAGCUCAGACCUGGAGCAUUAGGUAUUUUAAUGCCGUCUUUGUUAUAUAAUAAUUCUAAACAACAGCAACGACAAAAAUUGCAGAGACUUUUAAGUUUAGUUUCCUUAGUUUUUUUGGUCGUGUUGCUUGCAACGUUUAUUCAACUACCAGAUUCACCACCUGGUUACGUUAGAUUGUGUUCAAAGCGCAUUUGUUUUAUCGAUUAAAAGAGGAAAAAAGAUUAUUUAGCGAGUAUAUAAUUACGUGCCGAGGAUAGUCUGCGCAGAUUUAAGACUAAAAUUAGGAGAACAGACCUGAGUGCCUUAAUUGAGGAUGGCUGUAGACGUUGCAUGCUGUGCAAUAAUUAACUUUGAGACCCUAAUUUUUAUCCUGUUAUCAUAAACAUACAUUUUUACGGGUAAAUAGGUCUUAUUUUUUUUCUUUUCCUUUCCUAGCUUUUACUAUUUGAAUGACUAUUUUAACAUUAUUUUAACUCUAUUUUAGUAUUUAAUUUUAUUAUUAUUAUUAUUAUUUAUCUGUUAUUUGUGUCACCAAUUAGUACUAUGCGCUAGAGAUUCUUGACACGUUAACAAAGUUCACUACUACUAGUGUUAGGCUGGUCGAACAGAAAAAAUGUGGAUUUUACAGACGGUCUCUAUUUCAUUUAGACUACACCAGGGAAACAAGCCAGACAACUUAAAUGCCGUUUGCUUGUUUGUUUGAUAUAUACUUGAUAACUCAAGGUUCUGAUUUGUUUUUGUCCGUUAGAAGUAGUUUAAAGCUAACUUCGUAUCUCUUAUCCUUACAGAAAUUCAAAGUCUUCCAUUCUUUUCAAAUCUCGACUGGACGUCCAUCGAAAGCCAUCCUCCGCCAUUUGUCCCUCGGCCAGAUGAUAUAACUGACACUACAUAUUUUGAUGGUAAG